AUGCGCCACUUCGACACCUGGGUCCUCCGUGACCCCUACUCUAUCUGGCACUACUAUCCAACUGGCCAUCGCUGGCGCGACACUGUUCGCGAUUUAAUCCAAUCGCGUGCAAUCUGCUCCCCAGAGAACACCCUCCACCCACCUAUAGACUGGAACUGGAAUCCAUCCCCAAACCCAUUCCAAUUCGAACCUCAACAAUCCCCCCUCCUCCGUCUGCCCCCCGAACUCCGCCAAAUAAUCUGGUCCUACGUCCUCACCAACUCCCCAACCCCAAACACCCAAACCCCCCAAACCAUCCACUUAGUCCAACUAAAAGGCAAAAUCCGCCAUGUCCGCUGUCCAACCGCAGCCCCAAACCUUCACCAAACCCCCCAUCAAAAUAAAACCCAAUCAAACCAUCCAAUUCAACCAAACCCCUCCUUAACCCAAAACCGCCACUGCUGCCCCACAACCCCGGCCCGCUGGCGCAUCUACGACGGCCGUGUCCCAGGCCAUAGCGACAGACUCCUCUACCCACAUACCCACUCCCAUCUCCCUUCAACCCUAAGCAACAGCAACAGCGCCCUGCUCCGCGUCUGUCGGGCCAUCUACUUCGAAGCAGAGACAAUCCUGUACAAAGCCUCGCACUUCGACGUCGAUGAUCUAUACACCUUCAUUGCAUUCGCGGCGUCGCUGUCGCCUGUUGCCCGGAAUGCCAUUUCACGAUUGACAGUCCAGUGGAUGCCGAUCUGGGUGCCCAUGGCUGGGUUGGAUCAUAAGGGGUCGAUUUAUGCACAUACGCAUAGUGAUGCGUUGUGGGUGCGGUUUUGGGAUGUUGUCGCCUCGUUGGAGGGAUUGCGGGUGUUGGGGUUGAGUUUGGAUUUGGGGAGGUUUACGAGUGUUAUUGGGAAUACUGGGGAGGCGGUUGUUUCGGGUCAGAGGAUUCCGUUUGAGAUUGAGGAGGGAUGGGUGAAGCCCAUUCUUGGGGUUAGGGGGUUGGAGGAGUUUGAUUUGGCGGUCACGGCUAGGUGUGAUCUUCUUGCUAGAGGGGUUGUUGAAGGGGAGUUGGUUAGGGACGUUGGGCUUCUAAGGGAGGGAUUGAGGGGGAUAUUGUGUGGGCCGAGGGAGAGGGUUGGGUUUGGGCUGAAGGGGAUGGAUAUAGAGGAGAGGAAGAGGAGGGACAUUAGAUUGGCUAUUACUGCUGCUUGA